GAAACAGAACGUGACUCUACAUUUGUCGCGCGCGUCCACGACUGGGUACGAGUCUGGCCUACCCCAUACAUUGUGCAGUCGUCCACGAAGCGGAGACGGCUGGUUUCGAGUCUGGGUCCAGGGUAUCAAGGUCGUCCUCUUCGCCUCAGUGGUCUUAAAAGCCCCGGAAACAUUCCUCUAUGUCGUACCGACUACUUCCACUCGGCGAGUCCGUAGACGAUAUCGAGAACGAAGUCCGCACAACGCUUCGCAAGCCAGGGGGGCGAGCUGGCUCGAUGAUACGUCUGGGUCUCUUUUUUGGCCUUGCCGUUGUCACCGGGAUUGCCUUCAACUUGCUUGCUUUCGGACUUGACCCAAGAAGCUUCAUUCAUCGAGAACGUGUGCAGGCACCACCGCCAAAUGAUACAACGUCGGUUAUUUCCUCAUCUCCACACCCCUAUGUUCGUCCGGGAAUUGGCCAGUACAUUGUCCCAGGAGAAGAUACAUGCACACUCGAAGGUAUUCGAGAGAUGGUGUCGAAAACGAAAGGUUAUUAUGCUCGCGAUUACCCUCUUGGGCUCGGAUGGAACAACAUGCGCUACAUUAUGGAGGCAUCCCUACUGCACGCCAGCUUGCUGAACCGAACCUUGAUAAUCCCGUCGUUUGUUUAUGCCAGAGCUUGCGAGCACGAGAUAAGCAUCUGUGCAGAAUUCGCAACCAUGGUGAACCGUGGCGAUGCGAUAGGGUCAGAUGAAUGGCGUCAGCUUCCCAUUGAGGAGCAGAUGGGCUGGCGGAUGCCUGUUGGAGUCAUGGUUGAUCUCACCCACCUCCGACGCUUACACCCAGUGAUCACUACCUCCGAGUUCCUGCAACUCCAUGGCCUUAACAAUUCUUUAGAACAAACGGAUGGGACGUUCAGGGAGACAGCAUAUCUUGGAGCCUCCAUCGCGCCUCCGUUCACCAUUUCCAUCAUUCCCAACGGAGAAUUCGAUCAUGGGCCGCACGGGGAAGUUGUCCGUGUCGACAGACUGGCGCCUCUUCCGCCAGGGGUACCCACCAACACCACACGAAUUACAGCUGUGCUGCUUCAACGUUUAGAACACGACGCUUGGCAUACACUGGAUUUCGAAGAAGUGAAAAGGAUACUGAAAGAGGCAGGAUUGAGGGUAUGGGAGGGCGAGGAUGAACUAGAACAUCUGUUGGAGGCCGAGGGUUGGGUCUUACUGUAUACAUUUGGAGGCUCGAGAGUCCACAAGAGCGUAGCUGAGCCUUCGAAGGAGGUUGGGCGCCGUGAGCACCUUCGCGGUUUCGUGGAUGAGUAUGGAGCCGCAACAGAAGAUGUUCUUCUUCUCAGAGGUGCUACACAUGGGGAUCGACCACCAGGUGAUCUUCAUUUCACGUCCGAAGCGGCUCGGAAUCAAUUCGAUUACAUGGUAUUGCAUGAUUUUCGUCCUAUCCCGUCUAUUCUCCAAACCGCGGCGGAUGUCGUUGACAGGAUGCGUAUCAUUAACGAAGGAAGAAUGUGGAUUGCAGCACACAUGCGACGUGGAGAUUUUGUCCGAUUGGGAUGGCAAGCAGGGGAUACACUUGAGCAUCAAUUCGAUAGGAUCAAAGCCAGCAUAGCACAUGGGGCUAAGAUCUUACGGAACAUGCGCCUCUUUCUCACACGCUCUCCCCCGAGUGAAGGUGAUAAGUUCUUCCUGGCCACGGAUGAGCGCUCAAAACAAGCCUUGACGUACUUUCGUGAAAAUAAUGCCAACCUCAUCAUGGAUCUCCUCACACCUGACGACAGACGGAUGGUUGGGUGGCCUCUGCUUUUCACAGAUGUUUUGGGGAUCCUUGAGCAAGUCGUAAUGUCACAUGCUGCAUUUUUCCGAGGUUAUGGUUACUCGAGUGUUGAUGGUGGCGUUGUGAAUCUGCGUGCUGCAUUUGGGAUGGAUCCGCGAACGGUGCAGAUCGACUGGUAGAAUCCCUAUAAUCCACUUUGUGAUGAAUGCAACAGGAAAUAGGACUGUGUUUAAUUAAGGUUGGCAAAAUCAUUUUUAUAAUAAAGCCGAUGAGAUGUUGUACAUCAGGAGUUAAUUUUAAUCACUGGGUGCGCAGUUGCUCUGAGGCUUAAACUGCCCCAAUUUAUCAGGAAUAAUGCAU